UUGAAAUCUCAACAAAAUAUUUGGCAAAGAGCUUGGAAAUUGAAGUCUGAGCAAUACGGAGAAGAGAGUCAUUUUUGGAAAAUGUCUUUCUCAGCAAGUUUGGUGAUAGGAGUUGUUGUGCUUGGGUUGGCACAUGCUUGUAUUCGAGUAGAACCACCUACGGGUGAACAACCCAAUGAACCAGAUGGACGAAUGAACAGACAGAACAAGACCCAUCUAUUUGCGAUUACAGGUGACUGGCCCCCAUACUCCUACAUAAAUGAAGUCACUGGUGCCUCUGAGGGUUUCAUGCAUAUGUUAAUCGCAGAGACGUGCCGAGUCUGUGGCAGACAGUGCGACAUAGUACUUAUAAAAAGCUGGAGCGUAUGCUGGGAUGGUGAAGAACUAAGUGCUGAUGGUCUAAUGGACCGUCAUUUUGACGCUUGCCCUGGUUACUCGCCAACAUUUACCAGAAUGAACGUGCUAAAGUUUGCUGGAGGGAUCCAGAAGGAUGUUGGUGGGCAGAUUUACGCGAGAGCAGAUUCUGGAAUAACGUCAAUGGCAGAUCUAUCGAAGGGGAAACUUGGUGUGCGUAAAUUCUGGAAUCUUCAACAAGAUUGCCUCAGGGCUAGAGGGUUCCCUAUUAAUGAUGAUGACGUGGUUAUGAGGGAGUUUGGAGAUUGGUCUGACAUGAUAGAUGCUCUCCGAAAUGGUGACUUUGAAGCUGUUCUAGUUCAGACUGAUUCGGUCACUCCUGAAAAUAUGUCCGGUUUGGUGGCAGUUGGAGAUGUCUUGUAUUGUAAGGAAGGCCCGUCUGGUGUAAUGAGUCGAAAAGACGUGGACAUGGAAUGGUUUGCCCAGUGUCUAAGAGAACUGCAGUCAGAUGGAACGUUCUCAACUCUCUGCCGUAAUUGGAAUAUCAAAGACUGCGUUGACGUAUACGCACCGGAGGCUUUUUAAAAAAUUGAUAAAACCGACACUUGACCAGGAUGGACCCAAAUUUCUAAUGAUGGCAAAGCUGGAGUUUCAUUUUUUAAAAAUGAUUAAUCAACUGGAAAAGAUAUAUAAUUUGUAGCAAGAAAAAGUGUAUAGUUUUUCCUCUAGUGUGUUUAACAGAAUCUGA